AUGGAGGUUCCUCUUCCAGCAUCACCUCUUGGUCCUUCUUCUUCUCCCCCCCCCAAAAAAAAAUUUGAGCUCAUCAAGUACAAUGUGGAGAAGGAGGAACCGGAGCGAGAUGAACGAGGUCUCUGCAUCCCCGUUGGCCCCGGGGAGACCGGGCUGUUGGUCACCAAGAUCACCAAGAGGACCCCGUUCCACGGCUACGCUGGAGACCCCGUGAAGACAGAGAAGAAGAUCCUGAGGAACGUCCUGGUCCAAGGCGACGCCUUCUUCAAUAGCGGCGACCUCCUCACGAUGGACCAUGAGAAGUUCAUCUACUUCCAGGACCGCGUCGGAGACACCUUCCGGUGGAAGGGGGAGAACGUGGCCACCACGGAGGUGGAGGCUGCUCUUGCCAUGGUGGACUUCAUCCAGGAGGUCAAUGUCUAUGGGGUGCCCGUCCCUG